GUCCAAUGCCGAGUUAAGGCAUUAUCAUUAUUUCUACACCUUUCUUUCUCAGUUUCCUGGAAGUUUCAUGGGUAGUCGAAACCCUAAUAAAAACAUUUGCAAACAAUUUUACUCUAAUCAUCUAAACCCUUUAUCAAAAUCAUCUUUUUGUAAUUCACUAUUCUUCUUGAUUAUAGUGCUUUAUUUCCAAUUGGGUGCGUAGUUCUAUCCUCUCCCAAUUCUGAACGCGACGAUGGCUGUAAUGAAGGUAGAAAGGGCGGCGGCCUUGCCGCCGUUGCAUUCUCUUCCAGUGGGGUACCGGUUCCGACCGACGGACGAGGAGCUGGUGGAUCACUACUUGAAGAGGAAGAUCACCGGCUCAGAAGCAGAAGUCAGUGUAAUUCGCGAGAUUGAUAUCUGUAAGCAUGAGCCCUGGGACUUGCCCGAUAUGUCAGUGGUAGAAUCACAUGACAAUGAGUGGUUCUUCUUCUGCCCAAAAGACAGGAAGUAUCAGAACGGGCAGCGCUUGAAUAGGGCAACAGAGCGAGGGUACUGGAAGGCAACUGGUAAAGAUAGGACCAUUUCUUCUAGGAAGGGUGGAAAGGUUGGGAUGAAGAAGACUUUAGUGUACUACACAGGCCGAGCUCCUGACGGUAAGAGGACUCAUUGGGUGAUUCAUGAAUAUCGUGCAACCGAGAAAGCAUUUGAUGGAACACUCCCAGGACAGGCUCCUUUUGUGCUGUGCAGACUAUUUAAGAAGGCGGAGUUAAAACAGGAUGAAGUUGCUGAAACUUCAAAUUCUGAUGAGCUGAAGUCACUUGCUGAAGGUGAACCUUCUGAAGGUGUGAUUCCUAUGGUCAUGUCUGGCCACAUCAAUACACACCCAUUGACACCAGAGAAGAGUUUUGAGGAAGCUCCUGGUGGUGGUUCUCUUUUCCCCAUCGAAAGUAACAGCAAUAGUUGUAUUGUUGAUAGUAAAGAAGAUCAAGUAUUUGACAUUACUUCGCUUCCGGCUGAUCCAGAGCUUGAAGCGUUGAAAUACUUUUGCGACCCUUCAACAGAGCCCAUAUUUUCUCCCCCAUAUGCAAUGCCAGGUUUCGGAUCUACAUACGGCUUGUAUGGAGAGGUCACAAAUGGAAUUAUGAAUAAUAAUGAUAUCCAAUUUGAGUAUGGGACUAACAGUUUUGACCCAAAUGAGUUUUUGAACAUGGCUGCCCUUGUCAGCUCAGAUGGUGAGUCAGAAGCAGAAGUUACUCAAAGGCUGGAAAGUGGAAGCCCUCUUCAGGCUGAUUUGGGUUGUUUUGUAAAUCAACUGUUUGUGACAAAUAAUCAAGAGGGGGUGCUUCCAAGACAGGUUAAUUGUGCUGCAAAUCCAUAUUUUGGCGAUUACACUGCUCCAAGUUUGGGAAGUGAUCACCAGAACUGGAAUUUCGAUCUCCUGGACAAUAAUUAUUACAGAACGGGUGAUUUAUCUUCUGUUUCUAGUGGGAUUGAGGCCCCUGAAAUGGUAUACUUUCAACCACAGUGUGCUGUUAAUGAUGGCACCAUAUCUGGACCUAAAAUAAAAUUCAGGUCCAGACAGGUGCAAAAUCAACCUGGUGAUCAUCCGCAGUUAGCGGAACAAGGCACCGCUCAUCGGAGAAUUCGUUUGCAAAAGAAAUUUCAAGUUGGACCUGUUGAUUGUAUCCGGCGUAGAGACUCAGAUCAGGCCGAAAGCGAACAAUCAGGAAUAACUGAUGAUAAUACAGAUUCCAAAGAAGAUGCUUCUAGUGCCACUAAGAUUCAGAAUACAAUUCUUGAAGGUUGUGGGAAAGAUGACAGUGAAGUGGCUGCAACCGCAAAAGCGCAAGGUGAAAGGAUUGCCUGUGCAUACCCAAAGAUGUCAUUGUGCUCUGCUUCAUCUGCUAUUUUCAUGCCCAAGGUACUUAUGGCUGUAAGCCUAUUUGCAGUUCUUGUGGGCGGCUUGGUAUGCUUUAGUCUCUAGAGUCUGGUUUGGAGGUAAAGGAGGAGAAGCAAGCGGUGUUCAUUGCACAAGAAUCACAGUUUUGUGCAUCGAGUCCGUAGUGUGUAGCUGGAGUCAGUGAAGAACUCUCAUAACUUUAAUAUUAUUAUUUUAUUAUUUUUUUAAUUAUGAAUGGGUUGCAGGACUUUAAAUGACAUUGGUAGUUAUGUUUAUUGUAUAAUAUAAAAGUAGAAAACUCUUUUAAUUGGAAAUCCAUUGUGAAUCUAGUUUUUUAGCAGCUUCAAAGUGUGAGAAUAAUGGCAGACUUACCAAUGUGAUAGCCCUGAAUUUCAUAUAAAUAAUAGAAUAUGUG